AGCUUUUUUUUAUUGCAUUUCAAACUAUUACCCCGAUAUGAAAAAAGAGGAAGUAAACAGACGCGAGAAUGUGUCUUUAACUCUCCGCCCCUCCUCCUCCGGGGAGGAGAACUGUGACGUCACCCGGCCGCGCAGCCAAUCGGCGGGCAGAACGCUCAGGCUGGAGGAGCGACUCCGUGCCGUCCGUGCAGGUGGCUGCGUGUAUGCGUGUGUGAGAGCGUGUGCGUGCGUGUGUGUGUCUGAAUGCCAACAAGUUGAUAUUUUUUUUUAUUUUUAUUUUUUAUUUUAUUUUUUUCUUCCCCCCCCUCACACACACACACACACACACAAACAUCUUUGAAUUAAAAGCUCCGGAAGUAAGCCGGGGAGACGGUGAGAGAGGCAUCCUCCUCCAGAGCCGCCCGAGGAUCCUGGGAGGAGGAAAAACAAGACUUUCCACAACACCGGAGACUCCAAUGAACUCGAAGAUAACAAGUCCGCUCCGCGCAGCCUCCGGAGCCCAGCCUCCUGUCACCGUGCGGAGGGUCGGGCUGUCCUCCUCCACACACUGAGACGACUUGGAGCGAGAGUGUUGCAGCUGCUCGAGCCCCCUUGUAGUUUUUUUUAGGGGGGGGGGUUUGUUGUUGUUGUUGUUGUUGUUGUCAGUUUUUCUAUUCCAGUAAUAGUCCCGCGUGCCUUUCUUCUCUUAUGAAAGCUACACAGGAAGAAAAAAAAAAAAAAAUGCUUAAGACGCUGACGAAGAAGCUAAGAAGACACUCACUCAACGAGAUCCAUCCUUUCCAAGUGAAGAUUUCUUACCAUGGCAGUGGAGAAGGAGGGGAGAGUGACGACUCAGAGGGGGAGAACCAGGAGCUUGCACAGAUUGACAGAGAGAGACGGAGAAACUGUGGCCUCACACCCUUGGCCACCAGCCAGCAGCACAACCAGGGUCCCCUCUCUCCAGCCCGGUUAAGACGCCUUCGCCUCCUCUUAGACGCCAAUCUGGAUCGCCACUCCUCAGAGGAGGAGCUGGAGCGAAUCAGCCGCGGCGACAACAGGAAGUGGGUCUCGUCGCUUCCCCAGCGCCAUGGCGACCACCACAGCAGCGCCUCCAGCGACGAGGAGGUGCGGGACCUCUGCGGCUGCGGGUCACCGGCAGCCUCCGCCAGGCCGCUGGUCGAGCCUGGCGCCUGCCUGGCCGCCUCCCCGAGCCCCGUGCUCUUCAGCUCCAGUCCACCGCGUAGCCUCAAGCCACCCCCCAUGCGUUUUCAGCUGCAGGUAGUGCAGCCGGUGGUGCGGCCCAUCAUCUUGACCCACUUUGACCAGUCAGCACCUUAUAGGAAGUAUCGGCACAGUUACGGCGGAGAGCCGGGGAGGCCCAGUCUGGAUCUGGAGAAAAUGCAACAGAAAAUGCUGCUGAAAAAGAACUGUGGUGGCAAAACGCGGACUAUAAAGAUUCGGAAUCUGACGGGCAGUCGUCCUCCGCCCAGGUACACCUACGAUCCCUCCAUCUUUGCCUUCCGCUCCCUGAGCGCGGUGCCCCCCUGCAGCCCGCUGACCCUGUCUGAGGAUCCUACCUGCUCGUAAAGACGUUCAACCAUCGCCGGAUAAUCCUCUCCUCUCCUCUCCCCUUCUCUCUUCAUUCCCAGACGGCUGUUUUUUUUUUCUUUUCUUUUUUUUUUUGUGGCUUCUGCGGCGAGUCCAGAGCAAGACUCUUUAUGAAAGUGACCGCUAGAAAAGACGUUUGUUCGACGGUAAAACUAUUGCACACUCAGGUAAUCCCACCCUGUAAAACAAAGAUGUCACUUUUUGAUCAUUGUUCCCCCCCCCGGGAACAUUCAGAGGAUAGAAAUGGGCCUAAACACGCCAUUUCUAAGGACGCUUCAGGUAUUGCUUAUGACUCUGAAAAGGACACAUUGAUUGGACGAUUCAGAAACAAACAUGGACUGCGGGUCUAAAGGUGGUACGAGGGGACGAGGCGAAGCGUUUUUGAAACCUGAUUUUAGUUCUGGGUUAAUCAACAUUCAUGGGAAAAAAAUGCAUGUAAGACAAUCAAACGGUUCCAAGGUUUCCUCCUUUGAUGUGAUUACUGGACAUCUUGUAAGGUUCUUGGUAACUUCAUAUAGUAAACAUGGCCAUAUCGUGUUAUUGUUGAGACAAACAGACAGUGGUCACAUUCGUCCGUCUGAAAGUACUUCUUCUUUGGAUGUGUUAUUGAAUAUGCAGGUCGAGACGCGCUACGACAAACAUGUAUGACGUGUGUGUAGUCGACCAGCCGACCUUUGACCUUUUUGACGAUGUACAUUUUCUUAAUGAAUUUGUCACCUAUAGUCCAGGUCAGAGUCAAGUACUUGUAUCCUCUCUCCUUGCAUGAAUUCCACUGUUUGUGCAGAAAGAGAAGGUAUGCGGAGGUAAGGACGUACGAGAAUAGUUCGCCGCACAUUUGGCAAUUGUAACCGGUGCUGUGUUACGCACAGCCUCUUUGUAGUGUGCCAUUUAUUUUCCAAUAUUGUACCUCAUUACUUUUUUAGGUAGAAGAGGACCACGCUGUUGUAUCUAAGACAGCCCAAGAUCUAAAGAUCUCUUAAUGCCUUGAAAUCACAUUCCUGUUGUAUUGAAUGAAACUUGAGUUCUCGGCUCGUGAAAUGAGCCGAUCAGUUCAAUAAACGCAACGACCCCCUUUACACCUUGCGGGAAAAAUCUGUUUUGGCCAAUCAAAAUAUCAAUGAGCUAGUGCUCGGUGCGCUAGAAGGCUUCCGCUCCGUCCAUGUGGCCCUCCUUAGAAAAACAGCGUCGUUUUAGAGGCUGAUCUGUCCACGCAUCCUCCCCAUCCCUUAUGCAACACGCGGAGGCUUCCUCUCAGCCCUUUCAGACACCGGAGACACAAAUUAAUACCCCGGUGUUGUCAAAUCAUAUCUAGAUACAAUCUGGAUACACAUUUCAACGCACGGUGUAAAGCGGGUCUCUGUCACCACUGUAACUAAGAUUCCGCCGAAGUGAAUGUAACUUUGUGACAUGUUUCGGUCCAUUGUUGCACAAAAUGAAUCAAUAAAUGCCCUGUGGCCUCUUGUUCAGGAGGAGAUUUUUGAUUCUGAUGAAUAUACAAUACAUAUUGU